CUGUGUCGGAUUUGAUUAAUUACUGCUUCGAACCAAAUUAUUGCACGACAGGUGAAAAUUUAAUGACUUUAAGUGAUCGAGGAACAACUUAUUAUAUGAUUAGGUCUGUUGUAAAAGAAGCAU